AUGUUAAAAGUAGGUGUAAAAAUAGGAAAGUUUGAGAUCAAAGAGAAUAUGAUAGUUACUGAAUCCUCUGGAUAUAAUAUUGAUCUAAAAGCAUUUACUUUAAUAGAUUUUAUUGAGAAAGAAUAUGACAAGUUAGAACUUGAAGAAUUAUAUAAAAACCCUCAACACUAUCUGAAUGUAUCCUUUAAUAAUAAUAUGACUACCAUUAAUAGUCAACAAUAUUCAACUGAAUUUUUAGAAUUUAGUAAACUUGAACUUCUUAAGACUGACAAGAAUUGUAAAGAAUCAGAAUGA